GCGAGAUUGUUAAAAUGAUAAUUGUGAACAAUAAAGUGUCAUUCAUCUUUAAACCUUUCAAAGCCUGGUACAUAGAGCAUUUGCGAAGUUUUGAGCUGACGAGUAAUUGCACUUCUGAACUGCAGGUUGUGGAACCCUGGGAACUCAAUUGAUACCAUCCACUUUAUCCAUAUGUAAGCGCUGGCAAGCUAUACGUCACACCAAAAACCUUCUUGCUUCACUAAGUUGCAGAGAAACCCUUGAAUUUUGUAUUCCCACAACAAAAUGCUGUUUCGUGUAAUCAUCUCCCCACAGAACAUUAAAAAAGUUAGACUUGAUCCUGUUCCAGAUUCUGUUGAUGGCCUCAAGUUUGAACUUAAAAGCAGGCUCCAGCUGAAAGACCCUUUUGACCUUCAAUAUGAAGAUGAAGACUUCCAUGAUUUCUGUAAUCUUACAUGUUUAGCUGAUCUGCCUAAAGACAAGGUGACACUGAAGGUUCUUUCCACCCCCUGUCCAGAUACAUCGUCAGACUCCAGUUUAGACACUGCAAUUUUAAGUGAAUCGUCAUCUCCAUUAACUUCUUCAGCCAGCAUCCAUUCAGAGUCAUAUGCCGCCCGUUCGCAGCCAUGGCCAACUGCCUUUCCCAUUCCACUUUUUGUGUAUGAUGCAGAGCUGAGGCUAAGACAAGGUAAUGAGGCAUUUCGAAAGUAUGGAACACUUCUGUCAAUUCCCAGAGACAUGAAGAUUGAAAUUCUUGAGAAACUUGCAGAAACUAUAUACUCAUACAAAGCCUAUCCUGGGAAUGAAGAGAUUGAAAGUGUAGCAUCUGCCUUAAUUGAAAAACACCCCUGUCUCAAAGAGCCAAGCUCCACAUCUGGAUGGUAUGGGUGGAAAAUAAGUAUCAAGUUCAAAAUGGGCAACUACAGACAAAAGCUGAGAGAUGCAGGUUGUCAGGAACUGAAAGUAAAUUCUGAAAAGAGAGGUCUUGGGGAGACAAGAGGAAAGCGAAACAAAGUUAAGAAACCUAGACGGUGUGAAACCAAUUUUCUUCCAGAUCUACCUCAGGGCAAAGACCGGGAAGGUCUAGACAAGGAAAGAGACCAAAUAGCUGUGGAGAUGACGAAGAGGACACCAGACAUCACCUUUGUUGAUGCUGCUAUGAGCAGCACGUAUUCUUUGAGAAGACAAGAAGUCAUUGAGGAGGAGCCACCGGUGUCACAAAUGAAAGUCCGAUGGCCAACACUUUUCACAGAGAGACAGAUCAGCAAAGAAUUCACCAGGCUUGUGUCAAAGGACCUGAGCAAGUCCUUUUUUGAAGGCCUAGAUGGUCAUAUCUCAAAGCUGAUACAGUUAUUCAGGUCAAAGCGUUAUGAGGACAUUCCAGAAAUCACUUCAAUACUGGAGAGCCUUCAUAAGGAUCCCAGUGACCGUGAAGAGGAUGUGAUCAAGGGUGUGGUGAUUGGAAUCCUAGUAGUUGUGGAAAAUGUGAUUGAACCUCUCCCAUCGUUCUACAAUGACGUUGUGGUAAUGCGUCACCUGAGGGAUAUACCCAAUGCUUUUCUGAACCUGAUGGGCCUGGUGUAUGCAUUAAACCUUGACUACCCAAAGGAACUAAAAUUCACUUGUGAAGUGAUACAGCACCUGUUUAUUGGACUUGGGUCAGACUCAUGCACCGCAAGAGUUCACUCUUUGAAGAGCAAGUUGCUGCAAUAA